GCGACAAUUGUAAAAGUUUGUUUUUAUACCUUCAAUCCGCCGCUUUGCAGAAGUAGUUGUGAAUUAAGCAAAUCGCGGGAGUUCUUGGCUACAAUAACAGGGCAUUUCCACCUCUAUUUGACCACAGCUCUCCAACAUGGCGGACCCCCAAGACAGCCGAGCAGGUGAAGAGGAAGAAGACGAAGACGAAGAGGAGAUUGAUGAUACUAGUUACAAGACUAUCAAAGAUGCUGUUCUCUUCGCCAUCCAUGUCAGUCCCAGUAUGCUUGAGAAGCCGCCCAAGUCAGAAGACAAGAAAGCGGAACGCGACUCACCAGCCUCUGCCGCUCUAAAAUGUGCCUACCAAUUAAUGCAGCAGCGCAUCAUCUCAAAUCCAAACGAUAUGAUGGGCAUACUGCUGUUUGGUACAAAGGAAACGGACUUAAAGGACGGCGACACCGACCUAGAUGUUCCAUCAGCGCAAGACGUUAAAAGACUGAGAGACAUGGUCGAGGACGAGGAAGAAGCCGAAAAGAUUCUCAAACCAGCAAAGGAUGGAGCCAGUAUAGCAACAGUGCUCUUUUGCGCAAAUCAAAUCUUCACCACCAAAGCACCAAACUUCUCGUCAAGACGUCUGUUCCUAGUCACCGACAACGACUAUCCGGUCAAGGCUAAAGCAGAUAAGGAUGCUGCAGUCACACGAGCCCGCGAUCUAUACGACUUGGGCUGCACCGUUGAUCUAUUCCCCAUUUCACAACCAGAUCACAGCUUCGAUAGAUCACGCUUUUAUGAUGAUCUUGUUUAUCCGACAUCACCCUCCGACCCAGAUGCACCAGUCGCUAUACCUUCUACCACGAAAGUUGCGAAGAGCGGUGAAGGCAUUUCUCUUCUGAAGCAACUCAUCUCUUCAAUCAACUCGAAAGCCACACCUCGGCGUGCUCUAUUCUCAUUGCCUCUGGAGUUAGGUCCUGACUUGAAGAUUGGUGUGAAGGGAUACAUCCUGAUCAAACGCCAGGAGCAUGUCAAGUCAUGCUAUGUAUGGGUCGGUGGAGAGAAACCGCAGAUAGUCACGUCUUCAACUACACACAUGGCCGACGAUACUGCGCGGACCGUUGAGAAGGCUGAGCUACGGAAAGCGUACAAGUUCGGUGGUGACGCUAUAACGUUCACACCCGAAGAAAUCACGAAGAUACGGCAAUGUUUCGGUGAACCUGUCAUACGUAUAAUUGGCUUCAAACCUCUUUCCAGCGUACCCAUCUGGGCGAACACGAACAAGUCAACGUUCAUUUACCCAUCAGAGGCAGACUAUAUCGGCUCAACGCGUGUCUUCUCUGCAUUACAGCGGAAGCUACUGAAGUCCAAGAAGAUGGGUUUAGUAUGGUUUAUUCCACGACGUAACGCUGCGCCUACCCUAGCAGCACUCAUUCCAAGCGAAGAGAAAACCAACGAAGAAGGCGAGCAAGUCAUGCCACCUGGGCUCUGGCUCGUACCCCUUCCCUUCGCCGACGACAUUCGCCAGUUCCCUACACCUCCCGAGGAACCCCUCAAGACUACCGACGCCCUAACAGACAAGAUGCGCCUCAUCAUCGAGCAACUCCAACUACCAAAAGGCAUAUACGAUCCUUCCCGAUAUCCUAACCCCGAUUUACAAUGGUUCUACCGGAUUCUACAAGCACUCGCAUUAGAAGAGGAAUUACCGGAACACCCAGAUGACAAGACGAUCCCGCGCUUCAAGCAAAUCGACAAGCGUUGCGGCGAGUACAUUGAAGACUAUGGCAAGGAGUUUCAAGAAGUGUACGCUCAGCAACAAAAAUCUGCGCUUGCACAUCGUACCAAGCCUACUGCUAAGAAACGUCCCGGUAGAGCCGAUGCUGACGUCGAAGAAAAGAACCCGGUGGCUAAGCGGGUCAAGAAGGAGUCUAAGGGUGCAGAUGGUGGUGACGAAGAUGGUGGCAUGACAGAUCAGCAGAUGGCGGAUAUAAAUAACAGCGGCCAAAUUAGUAAACAGACUGUUGCUGUGUUGAAGCAGUGGCUGGGUGCUAGGGGCCAGAGUAUCGCGGGGAAGAAAGCAGAUUUGUUAGAACGGGUGCAGGAGUAUCUUGACGGGAAGGGACUUUGA